GGCUUGCGUACUUCAACUCGCCGCUCUAUUCUUCUUUUUCCUCUUUGCCACAUCGCGACUUACACAAAGGAUGGUUUUGGGUCGCGAGCUACGACGCUCAAAUUGAUUUAAAGGCGGGAGGCGCGAGCGUUGAGAGGAAUGAAGCGCGAGACGGGAAGCCGAGUCAAUAAAUAGAAGCUGCCGUUGUUACGGUCGCCGUAGCGUCCGUCAUGGAACGCUAAGAAGACGUUAAAAAAAGGACUCUCAAAAGAAGUUUAAAACGGACUCGCAAACGUUUAUAUGUAAUGUAAAGCUAGGAAAACACAACGAAAAGAAGGUCUAGCAACUCAAACAAAAGGUUGGUUUCAGAACUUGGACAGCUCCGUGCUGCUGCCGCCUACACACAGUGCCAACUGAGGCUUCAUCGAAGCUCCAGCACAGAACCGUGUUUCCGAGACUUCGGUUCGGUCCAAGGUCUUCUCGGGAUUCUCCCCCCGAACAUCGUGGCGCCAUGGCCGGUGUACUUCAGGGAGAGAAGCAGCUUUUUGAGAAGUUCUGGAAGGGCACGUUCAAAGCCGUGGCCAUGCCGCGACCCGAGAGCAUCAUCGUGGCCAGCAUAACCGCACGGAGAGCCGUGACAAAGUUGGAGACAGCAGUUACCCUAGCACCUAAAGAGGACAAGGAGAAAGUGGAAACUAAAGACACAGUUGCAAAAACUCAUGAGAAAAAAAACACACACAUCAAACACAGAGGACGCAAACGUCGCAGCCACCGCAGAGCUUGCAGCUUGUCUUUUGAUGCUGAUCUUUCCCCUCGGCCAGUGUUUAAGGCAAAGAAGAAGAAGAAGAAGUCGGAGAGGAAGAGGAGGAGACAGAGGUCUCCCUCCUGCAGUCCAUCUCCUGUGAGGAAGAAAAAGAAAAAGAAGAGCUCAAAGAAAAGGAAGCGACAUAGGUCUGCUUCAAGGAAGGGGAGGCACAGUGGCUCGAGUCCCAGGCAUAAAAGGAAGGAGGACAAAAAACAUAAAAAGAGGUCAAGGAGCCACUCUCAUCGUAAACACCGGCACCGGAAAGCAGAAAUUAGGAGUUCCUCCUGCAUGGAAAACAGAUAUGAAGAUUGUGAAAAAGCUGGCUUACACGAUGGUGGGCAUUCAUCAGCUGAUAACAAAGGCCAUGCAUGCAGGCCGGCAAUCAAGCUGACCAAUCAAAUCUCCUCUAAGUGCUGCUGCCGCCUGUCUGAAAGCACCGUCUCACUGUCACGUCCUGGGGAUGAGGGUUUAAACAAAAUGGUGAUCGUCCAGGACUCACUGUCCAAUAAGGGCAAAGGACAUGCAGAUUACGAUUCAGGGAAUGACACUUCCUCUCCGCCAUUAAUUAAAACUGGCAUCACAAGGUCAAAGGUUGUUGGAAAUGGAAAGGUCUCAUGUCAACAGUUGAAAUCUCCAGAGAAGCUCAGACUAAGCUAUGGGGACAAUGCCUCCGAUUCAGGCAAUUCGCUAACCAGCUAUGACUCUCUGGGUAAACCGAUGCUGAGAGAGAAUACCUUACACAGUUCUAUCUUCAACAAGCUCAAAGGUGUGGAAACAAGCAGAUACUCUUAUUUUGAGAAGACAACUCUGGGUCUUCUUGGCACUGAUAGGAAUCGGAGUCUUUCUUGUGAUAGAUAUCAAAACCGAACAAGACCACGCAGCAGAAGCACAUCAUCCCAAAGCAGAUACUCAGGGCGCUCUUCCAGAAGCCGAUCCCUAUCCUCAGGGAGGAGAUCAUAUUCCCGCUCGUCCAGUUACUCGCUGGAUUCACGGAGAGAUGGUCUUUCAAGUGCAAGCAGUUGCCACAGUCUAAAUUACUCACGGUGCACACAAGACAGGUUCCGGGAGCGAAAAAGAGACUGCAGUUCCUGUGAGAGUAGAAAACACAGCAGGAGAAGACCAUGUUCCCCAAUGAGGAAGAGAAGAAGAGAUUCCCCAAGCCAUCUUGAAGCUCGGAGAAUUACAAGUGCCAGAAAGAGACCUAUCCCCUACUACCGUCCCAGCCCUUCCGUCAGCAGCCGAUCCUCCAGCCUCCUCUCCUGGCGCCUGUUUUCUCUCAGUCGCAGUCGUUCGCGCAGUCGAAGUAAAAGUCGCAGUCGCACUUAUUCUUCAUACAGGAGCUACAGUCGCAGCUCAUCAUGGAACUCUUUAUAUAGCAGAUGCAGUCGCAGUCGGAGCAGAAGCUAUGACUCAAUGGUGAGCUAUAGCAGAGCUCGUCGCUAAUUUAUGGAUGAACCAGAUGCCGGAAUGCUGAGCUCCAGUACAAGCUUGGACUUACUGCAACUGAAAGUGAAAUGGACCAGCACUGAGAACAUUCUGUGCUGGGAUAUGGAACACCAGGCAGUGACAGGAUCAUCUGUUCAGUGUCAGAUAAGACCGAAGCUUUCCAUAUUGUUGUGUACUAAACUGUGUGCUUUCAUCCGUUCCGCUCAAAGGAAAACUUGUCUAUCAAUCACAAAGCCUGCUGUUGUAGAAAGGACCAAACCUGAGGUAUCAUAGAGGCUCUUUUGAAAUAUUCUAAACAGUGAGUUUCUGCUAUACCUUGUUUGCACAAAGGCAUGAAGAUAUUGUUCCUUUAUCAGUUGUGGGAAAUAAAAGGAAGUGUCUCCGUGUGCAGGGUCAAUCACAAGGCGCUAAUAACCUUGACUGUAAAACCCGAUGUAUGAAUCUAUUGUAUUUUCGUAGUGUUUUCUGUUUAUAGGAUAUGUCAAAAGUGCUUGAGGAGAAAGAUUUAUUGCUUCCAUAACAGCUUUUACUGAGAGCAACCGCUUCUGCGUUUCACACCUUCACUUUGAAAAAUGUGCCGUCCGAAUUGGUCCCACUGGCAAAUACACACCCCAUCAGCCAAAAUGCCAGCUUUAUUUAUCUUCUGUUGAACUGGAAAACAAUCCAAAUGUCAUUGGCCAUGAUGAGGAUGUCUAUGAUGGCGGACAAAUUAAAAUGCGACAGAUGUGCUCCAGAGGUUGGAAGACCUUUGUGGCCCAGCUGUCCAUACUGUGUUACUAAAUACGUUCUACUGCAUAUUAAUCUUGCAGACCUCAAAAGACAAGAUGAAGUGAUUUUCAUCCUUGGAAUUCAAGGUUCCUUUUGAGUGAGCAAAAGAAGAGUGGACAUUUUUGGACUUUGGCCAGCUGAUUCCAAGAUUACAGUACUGGUGUAUUUAUUAUUUCGUAGGCAAUUAAAUAUUAUUUUUAUUAUUACUAGGGAUGUUCGAUACCAUGCCCAUGUACUUGAACUCCUGCUCGAAAAAAUGCUCCGAUACCAACAACCGAUAGAUAACAACUGAUGUACAAAUGUUAUUAUGUAAACAUUCAGUGCACUGAUUAAAAUCACAUUAUGUCCUAGUGAGAUCAUUUAACUGCAAAAGCUGCAAUUUAAUUAGAGAAAUAUAUAGUUUGCAUGUGCAGCGUGCUUAAAUUUGAGUGCUUGUGAAUGUGUGAAGCAAGUGUUGUGCUGACAUAAAGACACAAAGUGCUCAUACCUUUUUAGAGCUCCUUGGCUCAUACAUGGAAAACGGCAUCAUGAGCAUUGCACAUUUUGUUUGUAUCAGAUGACAGCAGGCAGAGCACUAAUUCACUUUGUAGCGCAAGGCACAUACAGAUUACAUAUUUAUUUAAUUAAAUAGCUGCCUUUUGCGGUUUAAUAAUCAUUUUGAGUCACAUAGUGACUGGCUUUCUGGAUUAAGAAGUUACCGUCAUAACAUCAGAGCUCCUUGGUCAAAACAACAACACACAGAAACACUUAAAAAUUAAAUCUCUGCCAAAAUAAAAGCUCAGUAUAAAUGAAAAGUACGACAGAAAUAGAUCACUACUGUAUAGCUAUGUAAUAUUCACUGUAAAACUACUACUACUACUAAUAAUAAUAAUAAUACUAUAAUAAAUCAAUAGUAAUUGAUUUAUAUCUUACAUAUGUGAUGCUCUGUUAUACAGCACUGUAUCUGACAAAAUAUAACUCUAAUGUUUUAUUUUGGAUUGUUCUGUGAGGUUCUGUAUAAAAGCAUGUCAUUUGAUAAAAAUAAUACAAUAUUAUGGUUAAAAUUAAUUGUUAUAUUUUCAUUUGAUUCAAGUUUUAAUGAAUUCAUUUAUUUAAACACCAUUUUGAUGAUAAAAUUGAAAUAAAAUGUUGAUAUGGAAUAUCAGAAAAAAUAAAACAAAAAACAGGCAUCAGACUCGGUAUCGGCGAGUACCAAAAAGGAAGUAUCGGUACUUGUACUCGUUCUCAAAAAAAUGGUAUCUGGACAUCCCUAAUUGUUACUAUUAGUAUGCUAUUUCAUAAUUUUAUGAACCGUGAGUCAUCUUAAAUUGUUUAUUUUUAAGUUAUUUAUUCUUUUUAUGGUCUAGUCGUUAGAAUUUUGAUCUGUUAUAAUUUUUGCAGGGUCUGCAAUUUUCUAUUAUUCAGAUCAUUUGAAUUAUUUAUAAUGUGAAUCCUUUGAUAUUUAUGUAGAAAAUUUUGUUUUUUCGAUUAUUUUAAAUGAGUUCUAUUCAUUUUCCUCAAAACGCCACAGUUAAAACACACAUCCAGUUCUAAGCUAAUUAAGUCACACACACUCGAAAUCACACACUUCACAUAAAUUACAGUGCUAUUUAUAAAUGCGAAUGUUUCAUAAGGCAUUGCUAUUCUUUAUUGGUUGCACAUCAAUGCAGCUAAAUCAAGAAACUAUUACAGACUGAGAGAAAUUAAGAUGGUUGUCAUAAUAAAUCAGUCAAAUAGGUUAGAUCAAGGCUUAUUGAAAGGAUCAAAGAUGUAUAUUUGGUGUGUGAUACAGCUUGAUGAAAUUGCGUGUAAAAGUCAUCACACCUUCAUUAUGACAGAUGAUGACAAGUUCUUUGUUUCUGUCCUAUAGUCUAUUGGAGUGCUUGUUAACUGAAGGCAUGGUAAUCUCUAUGCACUGUACGUUAUUAGCUGUCUGACUGUUGUAAAUCCUGACACUUGUACAGAUUAUUAGUUGCAGAUGAAGGGGGGAAAACUUGAAGUGUAUCACAAUGUUUUAUCUUCUCGAAUUCAUCUUGUUCUCUCGUUUCGAACCAUAAAUGAGUUUAGUAAAUGAUUAUGUAAAUCUGUUGUGUAAAUAUGCAAACAUUUAGUGCGGCAAUAUGAGGCAUGGGCUUUAUUUAUUGAGAUGGAGUAUUAGUACUGACUGGUUUACAAAGCUGGCUUUCUGAUUUACAUAAUUUACAUUGCUGUUCAUUCCUGCUAAAAAAUAAAUAAAUAAAUUACAUAACAUGUUGACAUUUUGCCAUGAAUCCAAAAGAAAGAUGCUACAGAUGUUGCAAUUACUGUAAGCUCUUGCAAUUGCAAAAGUCCUUUGGAUUGUUGCAGUAUCCUGCCAGGGUUUUGACUAGGCAUUCACUUGUUUUUGCACAGAAUGAAAGAUAAAGAUAUAAUUGAGGUAAAUGUAUUUGUUUUAGCAAAUGUGAAAUCCUCUAAUAUUCCCCAAUUCUACAGUAGUGUAUGUAUACAAUGAUGUCUAUGUGUACAAGAAUAUCAAUGUCUCCCUUGCUCUACAAAAUUAAUGGUUCUCUGUGGUCUGAAUCUGUAAUAAUAUUCAAAGAAUCCUAAAUAAAUUAUUCAUCUAAUAAUUUACUUAUUCGCUUCUUUAAAAAUGUAAUUGUAUUUAUCCUUAUUUAUUUAUUUAUUUAAUUUAUUUUAUUGCCUUUGUGUCUUGAAGAGUAAAUAGGGGUAAGUGGGGUAAGCUA